AGCCCCCACACCACACCACCUCGCCGGCCCGCACGCGGUUCUCGCCGUUAUUCUCCCGAGGAGCGCCACCACCAUCUCCACUUCCCCCGCCGCACCUCCACAAGCUCGCUCCACUCGGCCUAGGGUUGGAUCUCGAGGCGCAAUGGAGGGCGUGACACCGGCGGCGGCGGUGGCGGCGGAGGUGAAAAACCCGAGGGUCUUCAUGGACGUCACCAUCGGCGGCGAGAUGGAGGGGAGGAUCGUGAUAGAGCUGUACGCGUCCGUCGUUCCGCGCACGGCGGAGAACUUCCGCGCGCUCUGCACGGGAGAGAAGGGCGUCGGCGCCGCCUCCGGCAAGCCGCUUCACUUCAAGGGAUCAUUCUUCCACCGCAUUAUCAAAGGUUUUAUGGUACAAGGUGGAGAUUUUACUGCUGGUGAUGGAACGGGAGGGGAGUCAAUUUAUGGUUCAAAGUUUGAGGACGAGAACUUCAUUUUAAAGCAUGAGAGGAAAGGAAUAUUAUCGAUGGCUAAUUCUGGUCCCAACACAAAUGGAUCUCAGUUUUUCAUCACUACCACCCGAACACCUCACUUAGAUGGGAAGCAUGUAGUUUUUGGAAGAGUAAUAAAGGGAAUGGGGGUGGUUCGCUCAUGUGAGCACAUUCCUGUUGGAGAAGCUGACCGUCCCACAGCUGAUGCCGUAAUUUUUGAUUGUGGGGAACUCCCUGAAGGUGCCGAUGAUGGAGUUGUGAACUUUUUCAAGGAUGGUGACAUGUAUCCUGACUGGCCAAAUGAUCUUGAAGAGAAGCCUACAGAGGUUUCAUGGUGGAUGGAUGCUGUGGAGUAUGCUAAAGCUUUUGGGAACAGUAACUUUAAGAAACAAGAUUACAAGACAGCCCUGAGAAAGUAUAGAAAAGCUCUGCGCUACUUGGAUGUUUGCUGGGAGAAAGAAGAGAUAGAUGAAGAGAAGAGCACAGCACUACGGAAGACCAAGUCCAUAAUACUCACGAAUAGCUCUGCAUGCAAAAUGAAGUUGGGAGAUUUGACGGGUGCUUUGCUGGAUGCGGAUUUUGCACUGCGUGAAACGGAUGGGAAUGCUAAGGCUUUUUUCCGACAAGGACAGGCACACAUGGCACUUAAUGACAUUGAUGCAGCCGUGGAAAGCUUCCAGAAUGCGUUGGACUUGGAGCCGAGUGAUGGAGGAAUCAAACGAGAGCUGGCUGCUGCAAAGAAGAGGGUUGCCAACAGAUUAGAUAAGGAGCGAAAGUCAUUUGCUAGGAUGUUCCAAUCUUCAGGAAAAUCAGAUGAGAACAACAAAGAGGACAACUGAUCUGUAGUUUCUCCCCCUGGCAAACUUUUGGUCGCUUAAUCUGGGAUAGACACUAGAACUGUCAGCGGAAAAGGUAUACCAAGGAGCACUGCCUAGCAACAAUUGAAUCUAGAUACAGGAAAAAAUAGUGGGGGCCUGGGGGGGGGGGAGAGCUUUUGUCUUUUUACUACAGAGGUAGUCAAUGUUGUCGUGUCGUUUGAAAAAACCUGAGACACUGAACUAAGCAGUGCAAUUUUCAGACGUUGCAACUGGCAUGCAUGCCACUUAAUAGACAUUUCCUCUUGUUUGGUCCCAUCGUGGUCAAGCCUGACAGUUGA